AUGCAGCCGGACGAUAGGUGGAAGAACUCAUCCGGCUCUAACGUAAACAAGCGCGACGUCGCUUGGUGGUUUCCCAAGAGCAAAUGGGACUAUUGGUUCACUAUUGCAGUGCACAGCAAAGGAAGCCUCUCUGGAAGAAGCGUAACAGCUUUCCGCUUUUGUGAUGCCACUACGCUGAAAAGCAAGAAGCCGACGGCAGAGACCAAGGUCUCCGGUAGCCACUUAGGAAGAUUGCUAUGCGCUCAUGCCUAUGGCAACCGCAUACGGAAGAAACUGCACACCAGGCCUCUUGUGACAGAUCUGCGCGACAUCACAAGGGGCCAGACUCCAGCGAGGAAGGGCGCUGCAACAGAAAGCUGCAGGCUGUUUUCAAAGUUUUGCAGGAAUACUAAGCUGUCUGCAUCUACGGGUGGGACCACGCUGCCUGUUUUAUAG